AUGAGGGUGAUUCUCAUUUUGACAAAGCUCUAUGACUAUAACCUGGGGAGCAUCACCGAGAGCUCACUUUGGAGGUCAACCGAUUAUGGAACAACCUAUGAGAAGCUGAAUGAUAAAGUUGGUUUGAAAACCAUUUUGAGCUAUCUCUAUGUGUGUCCUACCAACAAGCGUAAGAUAAUGUUACUCACAGACCCGGAGAUUGAGAGCAGCUUACUGAUCAGCUCAGAUGAAGGCGCAACUUAUCAAAAGUACCGGCUGAACUUCUACAUUCAAAGCUUGCUUUUCCAUCCCAAGCAAGAAGACUGGAUUCUGGCAUACAGUCAAGACCAAAAGUUAUACAGCUCUGCUGAGUUUGGGAGAAGGUGGCAGCUUAUCCAAGAAGGGGUUGUACCAAACAGGUUCUACUGGUCUGUGAUGGGGUCAAACAAAGAACCAGACCUUGUGCAUCUUGAGGCCAGAACUGUGGAUGGUCAUUCACAUUAUCUAACUUGCCGAAUGCAGAACUGUACAGAGGCCAACAGGAAUCAACCUUUUCCAGGCUACAUUGACCCAGACUCUUUGAUUGUUCAGGAUCAUUAUGUGUUUGUUCAGCUGACAUCAGGAGGGCGGCCACAUUACUACGUGUCUUACCGAAGGAAUGCGUUUGCCCAAAUGAAGCUUCCGAAAUAUGCUUUGCCCAAGGACAUGCAUGUUAUCAGCACCGAUGAGAAUCAGGUGUUCGCAGCGGUCCAAGAAUGGAACCAGAAUGACACGUACAACCUCUACAUCUCAGACACACGUGGUGUCUACUUCACCCUGGCCUUGGAGAAUGUCCAGAGCAGCAGAGGCCCUGAGGGCAACAUCAUGAUCGACCUCUAUGAGGUAGCAGGGAUAAAGGGAAUGUUCUUGGCUAACAAGAAGAUUGACAACCAAGUGAAGACUUUCAUCACAUACAACAAAGGCAGAGACUGGCGUUUGCUGCAGGCACCGGACACGGAUCUAAGGGGGGACCCUGUGCACUGCUUGCUGCCCUAUUGCUCACUACACCUUCACCUGAAGGUCUCCGAGAAUCCCUACACGUCAGGGAUCAUUGCCAGCAAAGACACAGCUCCAAGCAUCAUAGUGGCAUCAGGUAAUAUAGGUUCUGAAUUGUCAGACACUGACAUCAGCAUGUUUGUCUCUUCAGAUGCAGGAAACACCUGGAGACAGAUCUUUGAAGAAGAGCACAGUGUUUUGUACCUGGAUCAAGGUGGAGUACUGGUUGCUAUGAAACACACAUCUCUCCCAAUUCGACAUCUUUGGUUGAGUUUUGAUGAAGGGAGAUCUUGGAGCAAAUACAGUUUCACAUCUAUUCCACUUUUUGUGGAUGGGGUUCUGGGUGAGCCUGGAGAAGAGACUCUCAUCAUGACAGUGUUUGGACACUUCAGCCACCGCUCUGAAUGGCAGCUGGUCAAAGUAGACUACAAGUCCAUUUUUGAUAGACGGUGUGCCGAAGAGGACUACAGACCCUGGCAGCUGCACAGCCAGGGGGAAGCGUGUAUCAUGGGAGCAAAAAGGAUAUAUAAGAAGCGAAAAUCAGAGCGGAAGUGUAUGCAAGGAAAAUAUGCAGGAGCUAUGGAAUCUGAACCCUGUGUCUGCACUGAGGCUGAUUUUGAUUGCGACUAUGGUUAUGAGCGACACAGCAAUGGCCAGUGCCUGCCGGCAUUUUGGUUCAAUCCAUCCUCUCUGUCAAAAGAUUGCAGCUUGGGACAGAGUUACCUCAAUAGUACUGGGUACAGGAAGGUGGUUUCCAAUAAUUGCACUGAUGGAGUAAGGGAACAGUACACUGCUAAACCACAGAAGUGCCCAGGGAAAGCCCCGCGGGGGCUGCGGAUAGUCACGGCUGAUGGAAAGCUGACAGCGGAGCAAGGACACAACGUCACUCUCAUGGUGCAAUUAGAAGAGGGUGAUGUUCAGCGGACACUCAUCCAAGUGGACUUCGGCGAUGGUAUCGCGGUGUCUUAUGUCAAUCUCAGCUCCACAGAAGAUGGGAUCAAACACGUCUAUCAGAACGUGGGCAUUUUCCGUGUGACCGUGCAGGUGGACAACAGUCUGGGUUCUGACAGCGCCGUCCUGUACUUACAUGUAACUUGUCCCUUGGAGCACGUGCACCUGUCUCUUCCCUUUGUCACCACAAAGAACAAAGAGGUCAAUGCAACAGCGGUGCUGUGGCCCAGCCAAGUGGGCACCCUCACCUAUGUGUGGUGGUACGGAAACAACACGGAGCCUUUGAUCACCUUGGAGGGAAGCAUAUCUUUCAGAUUUACUUCGGAAGGAAUGAAUACCAUCACAGUACAGGUCUCAGCUGGGAAUGCCAUCCUACAAGACACAAAGACCAUCGCAGUAUAUGAGGAAUUCCGGUCUCUUCGCUUGUCCUUUUCUCCAAACCUGGAUGACUACAACCCAGACAUCCCUGAGUGGAGGAGGGACGUCGGCCGAGUCAUCAAAAAAUCCCUGGUGGAAGCCACAGGGGUUCCAGGUCAACACAUCCUGGUGGCGGUGCUUCCCGGCUUACCCACCACUGCUGAACUCUUUGUCCUACCCUAUCAGGAUCCAGCGGGAGAAAACAAAAGGUCAGCUGACGACCUGGAGCAGAUAUCAGAAUUGCUGAUCCACAAGCUCAACCAGAACUCAGUACACUUCGAGCUGAAGCCAGGAGUCCGAGUCUUCGUCCACGCUGCUCACUUAACAGCAGCCCCCCUGGUGGACCUCACUCCAACCCACAGUGGAUCUGCCAUGCUGAUGCUGCUCUCAGUGGUGUUUGUGGGGCUGGCGGUGUUCGUCAUCUACAAGUUUAAAAGGAAGAUCCCGGGGAUUAAUGUUUAUGCCCAGAUGCAGAAUGAGAAAGAACAAGAGAUGAUCAGUCCAGUCAGUCACUCUGAAAGCAGGCCCAAUGUCCCUCAGACUGAACUAAGGAGGCCUGGCCAGCUUAUAGAUGAGAAGGUGGAAUCCCAGCUCAUAGGAAGUAUUUCCAUAGUUGCUGAGAAUCAAAGCACAAAAGAAAUCCCUACCUAUGUAAAUGUUUGAAUGGAGGACGCCAGUAAAAAAA